CUGGUUCAGUGGGAGGAGGAGAGGAGUCACCCGGACCCAGUCAGCCAGUCUGGAGGACCGGAGUCCCAGCGGCAGUUAGGAGAUCCAAGGCUGGGGGGAAAAGUGCGUCCGAACCGGGAGAAGUCACACGGAGGCGUCCGCCAUGAGUUGGGGAACGGAGCUCUGGGACCAGUUUGAAAAUCUGGACAAACACACUCAGUGGGGAAUCGACUUUCUUGAGCGCUAUGCAAAGUUCGUUAAGGAGAGGCUGGACGUAGAGCAGACCUACGCCAAGCAGUUACGGAAUCUGGUAAAGAAAUACUGUCCAAAACGUGCAAAAGAUGAAGAGCCAAGGUUCACGUCAUGCGUGUCGUUCUACUCCAUACUGGGCGAGCUGAACGACUACGCUGGUCAGAGGGAGGUGGUGGCAGAGGAGAUGUCUCACAAGGUUUACAACGAGCUGAUGAGGUACAGCCAAGAGCUGAAGGCGGAGAGAAAGCACCACCUACAGGAAGGCAGGAAGGCUCAGCAGUUUCUGGAUCACUGCUGGAAACAGAUGGACAAUAGUAAAAAGAAGUUUGAGAGAGAGUGCAGGGAAGCGGAGAAGGCCCAGAUGACCUUUGACCGGUUAGAUAACGACAUCAACGCCACCAAAUCAGAGGUGGAGAAGGCUAAAGCCCAGCUCUACCUGCGGACCCACAUGGCGGACGAGAGUAAAAACGAAUACGCCGCCCAGCUCCAGAACUUCAACACAGAGCAGUGGAAACAUUUUAAUAAAUCUAUACCGCACAUCUUCAAGAAUCUGCAAAACAUGGACGAACGGCGGACAGUAAAGCUCGGGGAAACGUAUCGGAGCUUCGCGGAGGCAGAGAGGAGAGUCAUCCCCAUCGUCUCCAAAUGUCUAGACGGGAUGGUUUCUGCUGCCAAGUCGGUAGACGAGAGGCGGGACUCCACUAUCGUCGUGGAGUCGUUCAAAUCGGGCUUCGAGCCGCCGGGAGACUUUCCCUUCGAGGACUUCAGCCAGAACCUAAGCAGAACGGGCUCGGACGGCACCAUCAGCAACACCCCAAAGGCCGAACGAGACCUGGGCCCGAUCCCUCGAUCCGAGGCGAAGCAGACGAUAGGCAGAAGCAAGAACAAACUCUGGCUGUUUGGAAAGAAGCCAAAGUGGUCUGUUAAGAUGGUGCCUUCCCUGGAGGACUUCAGCCACUUACCUCCUGAGCAGAGGAGGAAGAGGCUGCAGCAGAAGAUCGACGAGCUCAACAGGGAACUUCAGAAGGAAACGGACCAGAGGGACGCUUUAAACAAGAUGAAGGACGUCUACGAGAAGAACCCUCAGAUGGGCGACCCCAACAGCCUGCAGCCCAAGAUCUCCGAGACCAUUUGCAACAUGCAGAAGCUGCGCUCGGAGAUCCACAAAAAUGAGAGCUGGCUGUCCGAAGUGGAAGGCAAGCAGAGCUCCAGGGGAGACAGGCGACACAGCGCAGACAACCACCAUCACACUCCUGGCAGGGAGAGCCCUGAGGGCAGCUACACAGACGACACCAGCCAGGAGCACCACACGCCGCGCCACCGCCCCGCGCAGCCCGCUCAGCCCAACCCCGACCCCCAUGAGUUUGACGACGAGUUCGACGACGACGACCCGCUGCCCGUCAUCGGACACUGCAAGGCGCUCUACUCUUUCGACGGUCAGAAUGAGGGGACCCUGAAGAUGGCAGAGGAUGAGGUCCUGUACGUCAUCGAGGAGGACAAAGGCGACGGCUGGACGCGGGCGAGGAAGCAGAGCGGGGAGGAAGGCUACGUCCCCACCUCCUACGUAGAAAUCACCAUUGAGAAAAACAGCAAAGGUGCCGUCACCUACAUCUGAAGCCUCUCUGUCUCCUGUCUCUCACUUCCUCCAUCUUUGCCUUAAGCUCGGCGUAACGCCACAAGAGACGCUGCGCGGGGAAAACCACAUCCAAACACAUGCAUGGACCUCUGCUCUGGUUUUUAUCCCGUCUCUUUACCUCUGGGCCUUUUGCUUCCUCUGUUCAGUCGGCCCUGUGUCGGAGGCCUCUGGGACAAAAUGGACCAACCUGUUGGUAUUUUGUAUUUGAGUAACUUCUGUCCCCUAUGAGCUUAGUAUCAAUCACAUUACGGUUCAUGUUAUAUAUUAGAACUUAUUUUUUUUUGUUUUAAGUCAAUCUUUUAAUUAUUCUUGUCUUUUUCUCUAAAGGAAGUAAUCAAACUCCUGGAUUUUAAGCUGUUUUUGUGUAUUUUUUCUCUGUUUGUGUGUGUGUGUGUGUGUGUGUGCAUACGUGCACUUUUUUGUUAUCUGUGCCAUCCUGCCAGUAUAAGUGGAUUCAUGCUGCAGUAACGCGCUCUGAGGAGAAUCAGGAGAAACCCCUUACAUUGCAGUUCUGAUGCAGUUUGCAAGAGUUCAUUUCAUGCAGUUUUUAUUUUUAUUUUUUUUUAAAGAUGAUCUCAUAAGGAAGAUAAAGAAAAUGUAAGAAGACUUUUUCUGUUUUUCUUCCUGCCAACAACUCCCUCCAGAAACUAAGCUGUUUACGCCUUAAAAGCUUCAUGGAAAAUUGCAUUUUUUCAUUUUAUUAAAAAUGCAGAGUUUAAUUCAGUUCAGGCUUUAUUAAGCUUUAACCUGCCACUACUGAUUUUAGCAAAUGUAUUCCUCUUUAAAGGUAUAUAGCCACGUUAUAUGAUUAGAAAAGA